AUGACUCGGUUGUUUGCAAUUUCUCUGCUGGGUGCGGCCUCAACGGCUUUCGCCAGCCAGGAUGCGUUCCAGAACAAAUGUGCGCAAUUCGCAAAGAAGAUCGAUAUCCCCAAUGUCAAAGUCAAUUUUGCGGAGUACGUCCCUGGGGGUACAAACUUGUCUCUGCCAGACAACGCUGCUAGCUGUGCCGCGCCAUACCAGGCAGUUUCAGUGGACCUGUGCCGAGUCGCAAUGGCAGUUUCGACCUCCAAUAGCAGUGAGAUUAGCUUGGAGGCUUGGUUCCCGCGCGACUACCAAGGUCGCUUCUUGAGUACUGGCAAUGGUGGUCUCUCUGGAUGCAUUCAAUAUUAUGAUCUUGCCUACACUGCUCAAUUGGGCUUCGCCACAGUCGGAGCCAAUAACGGUCAUAACGGAACCUCGGGACAGCCCUUCUAUCAGCACCCCGAGGUAGUGGAGGACUUCGCGUAUCGUUCAGUCCACACUGGCGUUGUCAUUGGCAAGGAACUCACAAAGCAGUUCUAUAAGGAAGGAUACAACAAGAGUUACUAUCUCGGAUGCUCCACGGGUGGUCGACAGGGAUGGAAGUCUAUUCAGAAAUACCCCAAUGACUUUGACGGUGUCGUGGCUGGUGCCCCUGCCAUCAACUUCAUCGGCCUGCUGUCCUGGAGUGCUCACUUCUAUCCCAUUCUUGGCUCGAACACAUCCGACACUUAUCUGACCACGGCUGAUUGGAAGGUUGUCCACGAUGAGAUUCUCCGACAAUGUGAUGCCAUUGAUGGCGCGAAGGAUGGAAUUAUCGAGGAUACCGACCUUUGCCAUCCCAUCCUGGAAACAUUGAUCUGUGCACCCAAGGCCAAGAACACAAGCAGUUGCCUUUCUAGCGCUCAGGUCAAGGCAGCCCAGCAGGUUCUGUCUCCGUUGUACAGCUUGAAUGGCACUCAGAUCUAUCCUCGUAUGCAACCCGGUUCCGAAAUUCUCGCUGCCCCCAUCAUGUACAACGGUCAGCCUUUCAAGUACAGCAAUGACUGGUGGAAGUACGUUGUCUACAGCGACCCUUCCUGGAGUGGCGAGAACUGGACAAUCAAGGACGCUGCAGCCGCAUUCGCCCAGAACCCAAACAACAUUCAGACCUGGGACGGCGAUCUGUCUCCCUUCCAGAAGGCUGGCGGCAAGGUCCUCCACUAUCAUGGAAUGCAGGACCAGCUGAUCAGCUCCGAUGACUCCAAGUGGUAUUACUCCCACGUUGCAGAGACGAUGAACCUCCCUCCGGCUAGCCUGGAUGAGUUCUACCGCUUCUUCACUAUCAGCGGCAUGGGCCACUGUGGCGGUGGUGACGGUGCGUACGGUAUUGGACAGGGCCUCAAGACGUAUGCUGGCAAUGAUCCGCAGGAUAAUGUGCUCAUGGCCAUGGUUCAGUGGGUCGAGCAGGGCAAGGCUCCUGAGACUGUGCGCGGUGCCAAGUUCGUUAAUGGAGUUGGCUCGCAGAUCGAGUACCGACGCAAGCACUGUCGCUAUCCCCGACGGAAUGUUUUCGUUGGCCCUGGUAACUACACAGAUGAGAACGCAUGGGAGUGUGUCUAG